CGUUAGCUGACAUCUCUUCCGUCUUCUUCUUUUAACUCCGACAUGUCUUUCUGAAUCCUUCGAAAACUUCUCGUGAGUCACUACUCUUCUCUAAUGUCUGUACAUGUAAAGGAGGAACCUGUGCUUGUGUCAAACUGCGAGGUUGAGAAUUCGGAGCUUGCCAUUUUCAAUGAUGGAAAUGGGGAAAGUGAGCUUGAGGAUUUUGGGACAUGCGUAGAUGAUAUUACUGAAAGAGUUAGUCAGCUUGAGCAAAAAGUUGUGGAGGUUGAACACUUUUACUCUAGCAAAGAUGGAGCAGCUCAAACUAAUACUUCUAAGAGUAACUCGGGAGGGAAAAAGAUUGCUAUUUCUCAACCAAAUAUCUCGAAAUGUAACUCAGCUGGGAAAGAUAAGAUAAAGGCAAAACAUGUUUCCAGCCCUGAACUUAUGCGUCAAUUUGCUACAAUGUUUCGUCAGAUUGCUCAAAAUAAAUGGGCAUGGCCGUUUAUGGAGCCUGUUGAUGUUAAAGGACUUGGACUCCAUGAUUAUUACAAGGUUAUAGAGAAGCCAAUGGACUUGGGAACGAUCAAAAAGAAAAUGGAUGGUUCGGAGUAUAGCAAUGUCCGGGAGAUAUAUGCUGAUGUUAGACUAGUUUUCAAGAAUGCGAUGAAAUAUAACGAAGCAAAAGAAGAUGUCUAUGUGAUGGCUGAAUCUCUGUUGCAGAAAUUUGAGGAGAAAUGGAUUCAGAUAAUGCCUAAACUUGUAGAAGAGGAAAAGAAACAAGCUGAAGAAGAAGCUGAGGAGUAUGCGAGUAAACAGCUUACUCUGGAGGCUGCACAAGCGGAAAUGGCUAGGGAUUUAAGCAAUGAACUAUAUGAGAUCGAUCUGCAGCUGGAGAAACUCCGUGAAUCAGUAGUUCAUAGAUGCAGAAAACUGUCUACGCAAGAAAAGAAGGGACUUUCUGCAGCUCUAGGUCGACUCUCUCCUGAGGAUCUGUCAAAAGCGUUAAAAAUGGUUUCGGAGAGCAACCCGAGUUUCCCGGCUGGAGCACCAGAAGUUGAGCUUGACAUCGAUGUUCAGACUGAUGUUACCUUGUGGAGAUUGAAGGUGUUUGUGCAAGAAGCGUUGAAAGCAGCUAACAAGAGUUCUGGAGGAACAAACGCUCAAACCAAUAACAAUACUGGAGAGAUCAACAAGAACAAUGCGAAAAGACGGAGAGAGAUCUCUGAUGCAAUUAAUAAAGCUUCAAUUAAAAGAGCUAAGAAGGCCUGAAUCUUUCCUCUGUGUUUUAUCGAGCCCCCCUCAAGGAACAAAAUGAGUUUGGUGAACACCACCAAUCUAAAUUAGAGACUUCGCAGUUCCAUUGCGCAUGUUGUGUUUCAAAUGUUCAGCAGUGUAAAAAAGAAUGAAUGUGAAAAAAAAAAUCUAUGUGAGAAAAAAAAGAUUUACGUGAGAAAAGAAAAUCUAAUGUACGAGAUUUAAAAUGUGACUCUUUGGUGGAGAAUCCACAAAAGUAGUUUAAGGUAA